AUGUACUACGAUGAUGAAAGCGUGAAAAGUCUUCCGAGUGAUCGGAAAGAAUUGUUAGAUGGAUUGAUGAAAGAAGCUAUCAGUUUCUUUGAAAGUGCACUCAAAGUGGAACGAUCCGAAGGGACUCGAAUUUCUGCUUAUGUUGGAGAAUUUAAUUGCAGAACAUGUGAAGGAAGCAACUAUAUAAAUGACCUUGGGAAGGUGUUAUGCGAACGAGACUGUGUACCGAAUUGUGGAAAGUUGAAAAUCCCCCCUGAGCACAACAUAUUUUUGUACCUCUAUUUUUACGAUUUCUUUCAGCCAUGUUCGUGCCUUAGUAUAGCUUGUCCUACGGAUUUCAAGCCAUAUGAAGGGGUUCUCGAGGAUGCGGAUUUCGCCUUAUUUGUGUCCGUCAGCAAUGAUGAAUCUUGUCGCCCUCAAGUUUACACCCACAGCGAAUACUGCGGUAGGGAUCUGAAAACAAAUAGGCCAGUGGGCGGUCAUAUUGGAAUUUGUCCAGACGCUUUCAAAUCAAUGCUUCCCAGACAAAGGGUUAAAUGGCUAUCAACUAUCAAACGUGAAAUCGUCCGCAUGCUCGUGUUUGCACCAUACCAUUUGAAAAAGUUUCCGACAGCGAAACUACCCCCGAAGUAA